CUGUGCUAUUUUCUGACAGUGGGGUUUGUCCUUGAAUAUAACGGAAGCUGCUUGCUUGUUUUCCAGUAACAGCUUGGUAGGCUGUAUCAAAGUAGCUGUGCAAGUAUAUACCAAAAGGACGAUCUAGAGACAUGUUGAAAAGAAACAGAUGAAGCCAGGAGGCACGAGCAGAAUAAAAAGUUUGAAGAUCUUAUUGAAAUGGCGAUACAGUUACCAAGGUGACACAAAUUUUCACAAGGAAGAGUGGUGGAAUUGGGAUUUUCGGUGUUACAAGUCGGCAACGACCUCCAUUGAUGCAAGUUUUGUUACUUUGCAUUCUGAUGACAAGCUUACUCUAUGAAAGUGAAACUACAUAAUACACGAUGGAUACCUGCAAAAAGGUAAAGUCGGUUGAAAGGCGAAUCAGUUUUUGACAAGUAUUUUUUGUGGCGGUAAGCUAGCAUGGGCUACUUUUCACGCAGCGAAGAGGGGAUCAAAGAGCAUGGGGAUGUAAACAAGACAAAAAAACUAACAAUGAAAAAUACAGCUCAUCAUUACCAGCCAUAACGCAACA